AUGUCCUCCACCCUUUUGUUCCUCGACCAGUUCAACGCCCCCUCAACUGAGGGCGGAAAGAGGACUUCGAUCUACACCCCUAAGCACACCCAUGUCAGCGACAGCACUUUGCUGACACUACUUCUCAGUAACCCCACCGAUGUCUUCAAUAAACUCAAAACCCACCACCCCGAGGCAACCAAUGCCACUGACUGUGCUGCACUAGAAGUGUACCUCUCUGCCUGCCACGAAUACGAUGAGGCUGUCAAGGCAGCUGACGAGGCCAUUGACCAUCACAAACGGCUCCUACGCCAACAGGACGACCAUUUGCCCAUCGCUUUCAACCACUCCUACCACGCAGCAUCCGGGCGCGACACAACAAAUUCAUCCCGUGCGCCAUCCCCAACGCGUACCUACCCCUACCUGCACCCCUACCGACGUCUGCCUUCAGGCAUCCCCCGAUCCCAUCCCCUCUUCUCCAAGCAACACCGCAGAGCACUAUCAUCCCGGCUGACUGGCAACCCAACCCUGGUUGGACCCCAAAGGGAAGCUGUAGGUGAUGUGGAUCGUCUCGACACUGGGUAUGGGACUGUCCGGACAUACAAUGCACAAGAUGCAGAAAAGAAGCCCCUGGACACCUGGAGCGAGAGAAUCAUCAACGAGGCGAAGGAGAGGAAGGAAAGAGAGAGGCAGACAAAAGCGGUACCCAUUCCUCCACCACGCAGCGCUAACCCCAAACCCCAGGCCAGUCCCAUCACGGGAUCCUCACGCCCCCGCCCCGAUACACCCAUCGUCUUUCACAAAGUCGAUCCCGACUGGACACCUGACACUACUCAAUGGACGUGGGACAGCUCCUGGCCAUGUCAGGAGCACCUCUCUGGCGAGGAAUGGAAGAAUGUGGGGAGGAACGCACGCAACGAGUGGUUCGAUGAAGAGGAAGACAACAGCGUAGACUGGGAGUUGUAUGGAGAUGGUGAGCACUUACAUAAUGGGGUCCGUGCGCACUUCGUACCUGGUAUUGUACCACUACGUUUCUUUCUUUACUAA